AUGUCUCUGGCUUUUGACGAAUACGGCCGCCCCUUCCUGCUGGUCAAGGAGCAAGGGCAGAAGGAGCGGGUGACGGGGGUGGAGGCGCAGAAGUCCAACAUCCUUGCCGCCAUAAGUGUUUCCAACGUCCUGAAGACGAGUCUAGGACCCCGUGGGAUGGACAAGAUUCUAGUGACGCAGGACAACGACGUUGUCGUCACCAACGAUGGCGCAACGAUUGUGGAUCUCAUGGACAUUGAUAAUGAAAUUGGGCAGCUCAUGGUCGAACUCAGCAAGUCGCAAGACUCUGAGAUUGGUGAUGGCACGACAGGGGUUGUCUGCUUUGCCGGCGCCCUUUUGGAACAGGCUAUGGGGUUGCUCGACAAGGGCAUUCACAGCUCCCGCAUAUCCGAGGGGUUUGAGAAGGCCUGCGAAGUGGCAUGCAAACGACUUGAGGAGAUUGCAGAGACGGUGCCUGUUAGCCGCGAGGAGUACAAUUAUCUAUUCCAGACCGCCCGCUCAACGCUCAACUCAAAGGUUGUGAAUCGGGACCGGGACCGGUUGGCAAAGAUCUGCGUGGAUGCCGUGCUUUCAGUGGCGGACAUGGAGCGUCGCGACGUGAAUCUGGAUUUGAUUAAGGUGGAGGGAAAAGUGGGGGGCUGCCUUGAAGACACUUGCUUAGUCAAUGGCAUUGUGCUUGAUAAGGACUUCUCUCACCCUCAGAUGCCGAAGAAGUUAAAGAACCCAAAGAUUGCCAUCUUAACCUGCCCUUUUGAGCCACCAAAGCCCAAGACGAAGCACACGGUUCACAUCUCCAGCGCAGAGCAUAUGACAGAAAUACACGCCCAGGAGCAGGAAUACUUCCGAAAGCAGGUACGACUUUGUAAGGAGGCCGGGGCCGAACUUGUUAUUUGUCAAUGGGGUUUUGACGACGAGGCAAACUACCUUCUCUUCCGCAACGAUCUCCCUGCAGUGCGCUGGGUUGGUGGUGUAGAAUUGGAGAUGAUUGCCAUCGCCACGGGAGGACGCAUUAUCCCCCGUUUUGAAGACAUAAGUGCGGCAAAGCUUGGAACGUGUGGCGUUGUGCGGGAGGUUGGUUUUGGCACUACGAAGGAUCGCAUGAUAUUCAUUGAAGAUUGCCCGAACAGCAGGGCGGUAACUCUUUUAAUUCGUGGUGGAAACAAAAUGAUGAUUGAGGAGGCGAAGCGGUCUCUUCACGAUGCGUUGUGCAUGGUGCGGAACUUGGUUCGUGAUAACCGUGUCGUGUACGGUGGAGGUUCAGCGGAAAUUGCCGCUUCUUUGGCAGUGUUGAACUACGCAGACACCAUCUCCACUGUGGACCAGUACGCCAUUCGGAGGUUUGCUGAUGCGCUGGAAUAUAUUCCUGUCAACUUAGCUCUCAACAGCGGUCUCGACCCGAUUAGGGCCCUUUCAAUGGCCCGCAUUGCACACGUGGAUGGGAAGAAUCCGUACGCCGGCGUGGACUGCAUGGACUGUGGCACAAUUGACAUGAAGCAGCAACAGGUGUUUGAAACCCUUCAGGGUAAGUGCUCUCAGCUGCGCCUCGCCACACAGGUGGUGAAGAUGAUUCUAAAGGUCGAUGAUGUCAUCCUUACGUACCCGGAGGAGGGGCAGUAG